UUUGUCUAACAGAAGACAAAAAGAUUUAGUUUUGAGAAGAAAUAUUUAUUUUUGUUUUUCAUAUUAAUUUCAGAUUGAAAUUUAUAGUGCAUUAUUUAUAUAAACGUUGAAAUGGAUUCUGAAUUGGGAAAUCCAACUGAGAAUGAUAUAUGGGGAGGAUCGAACACUCUUAAUCUCAACAAUGAGCGCUUAGAUUGCGAGCAUUUAGACGAGCUGACGGAUAGGUAUAUUGAUCCGAAUAGACCCUCCUUUGUUACCGUAUUACUGCGCUUCUUUGGCAAUAUAUUCGUGGAUUGCUUUAGAGCUGUGUUCUCAUAGAACGAGAGCGAGAGCAUCGAAAAUGUAAAUUGAUUCAAAUUGUUAAUACGUAUUGUGGAAAUAAAUUAAGAACGUAAAGUUGAAUAGAA